GAAAUUAGGAAAUAGAUUGAAGGUGCCCAUAAUAAGAAGACAGUGACAGGUUUACAUUCAGGAUUAUGCCUGGUUCCCUUAGGCAAUAAUAUUACCCCGCAUGCAAUAGAAACAUAGCCUAGUAAGGGGUGAAUAUUUAUUAUAAACGUUCCAUUUAUUGCAUGCUCUCUUCCUCUCGCAACUCUACAUUUUUUCUCACACGUCUGCCGGCGCGUAAUUGCUCACAAUCUCUCCCUCCCUCCCUCCUUCCCUUGUGCCACUCAGUCAUUCACUCUCUCUCUCUCUGCACGCACACACGCGCUCUAUCACUUUUCGUGGGAGAAAGUAGGAAGGGGGAGAGAGAACGAGAGAGAAAGGAGAGGGAGUGAAUUCAGGUCUCUCUCUGCUCUCUCCGCUGUGGGCACUCAUAUCCACUCCGCUGACUCAAUGGGGCUUUAGCACUUGGAAUAUAAAAUCAAAUAUUUAUUAACCGUACCCCUUUUACUAUUUAAAUGUUGUACAUAGCAUAGGUAGAUAUAGGUAACUUAUUAAAUAAGCGUUAAAGAAGAGUUCAAAUACGUGGUUGUUUUUUGCCUCACAGAAGGUCCAGUCGAAAUUCUCUUCCACUGACUUUCUGUGAGAGAGGAUAUCUAAUUUGAACAUAUCCGAUCAUAUAGUCCAGCGUCAAACAGCUACAAAACAAUGGAUAUUCGAGAUUGCCCUUUUCGGAAGAAGCGGAGACCAUGGAGCGUGGACCUUUCCUCUUUUGCCUUGGUAACUCUGGUGCUCGCGCUGUGCCAACUACCCGUGGCUCGAGCAGAUCCAGUGGAUGUGUUGCGGAUGCUGCAGCUGCCCUCUCUCCCCGAGGGGGUGCGGAAGGUUCCAGGCUUCUGCACCUCCCGGCGCGCCGGUACCGCUGACCAUGCCUACCGCAUCUCCAAGAAGGCCCAGAUCUCUGCCCCUACCAAUCAGCUCUUCUCAGGUCGUUUCCCGGAGAACUUCUCCAUCAUGGCUCUGGUCAAGGCCCAUGCGGGCCUCCAGGCCUUCCUGCUGUCCAUCUACAGUGAGCAGGGUGUCCAGCAGCUGGGGGUGGAGCUGGGACGCUCCCCUGUCUUCCUGUACGAGGACCAGACAGGCAAGCCCGCGCCCGAGGACUACCCCCUCUUCAGCGGCGUCAACCUGGCCGACGGCAAGUGGCACCGCAUUGCUAUCUCCGUGUCGAAGAAGAACGUCACUCUGCUCCUGGACUGUAAGAAGCGCAUGACCAGGGCCCUGCCCCGCAGCAAAAGCCCCGUGGUGGACACCAAGGGCAUCACCGUGUUCGGAGCACGCCUGCUGGAUGAGGAGGUCUUCCAGGGUGAUAUCCAACAGCUGCUGAUCGCAUCCAACCCUCAGGCUGCUUAUGACUUCUGUGAACACUACAGCCCCGACUGUGACUCCCCUCUACCCAAAACCCAGUCCCAGGACCCCAACACAUACAAGGAUGCCAAUGGCAAUGCUGACAAACGCAAACCUGUAGUAGUUAAGGCUGCAAAACCUGUAGUAGUUAAGGCUGCAAAACCUGUAGUAGUUAAGGCGGAAAAACCUGUAGUAGUUAAGGCUGUAAAACCUGUAGUAAAGGCUGCAAAACCUGUAGUAAAGGCUGCAAAACCUGUAGUAAAGGCUGCAAAACCUGUAGUAAAGGCGGCAAAACCUGUAGAAGUUAAGGCGGCAAAACCUGUAGUAGUUAAGGCUGCAAAACCUGUAGUAGUUAAGGCUGCAAAACCUGUAGUAGUUAAGGCUGCAAAACCUGUAGUAGUUAAGGCUGCAAAACCUGUAGUAGUUAAGGCUGCAAAACCUGUAGUAGAUAAGGCGGCAAAACCUGCCCCAUCCAAACCUGCGAAAGCAGAGAUUGCCAAGCUUGAGGCCAAAGCUGCCGCACCUGCCACAGCCAAACUAGCUAAAACCGAACCUGCUGCCGCCAAGCCCACCAAAGCCAAGCCUUCCCCGGCCAAACAAGCCAAAGCCAAACCAACUGCAAUUGAAGUCCUCCUGGCCAAGAUCAAACCCACUGCAGUCACACCAGUGGUCAAGCCCACACCUGCCACCAAAAAUGGUGGUGGAAAAAAAGUAAAUGGCAAGCCUGUAGUAGAGAAGAAACUAAAUGGUAAUUCCAAGGUCAAUGGCAAUGCCAAACCUGUAGUUGAGAAGAAAGUAAACGGUAAUUCCAAGGUCAAUGGCAAUGCCAAACCUGUAGUUGAGAAGAAAGUAAAUGGUAAUUCCAAGGUCAAUGGCAACGCCAAACCAGUAGUUGAGAAGAACGUAAAAGGUGAGGCCAAAGCUAAUGGCAACGGUGUAGAAGCAGCCAAACCUGGAACCACUAAAGCUCGGACAGAAAAAAAAGUCACCAAAGUUCAAAUAGAAAAAACUGUGGUCAGCAAAGUGAAACCAGCAAAACCAGAAACCGAAGUCAAAGUUAAAGUAGUAAAAACCGAGAUCACUAAAGCCAAACCAACAGAGUCGGUCGUCAUCAAAGUUCCUCCCUUCCCCAAACCUGCACCAAAGAAAGAGCUGCCAGAGAAAACCAAGGUGGCGCUUGAUGUAAAUAACAUCAAAUCGAUGACCCAAAAAAUGCCUCCCUUUGGCAAGACUGCACUCAGUGGCACCGUCGUCCCUGUACCGGAAAAACCAAAGAAGAAACCGGGCAACGGUUAUCAACAGGAUGUAGAAACGGCAAAUUCUGAGGCUGGCCACACCCCUACAGAGUCGGAUUAUUAUUAUGAGGAGGCGGUCCUACAGCCAGAGAGUGAGGUGAUUGGACAAGAAGUGACCACUGGCCAGGUGGAGGGAACGUUGGUGGCAGAGGAGGUAGAGUUGGCCAAGGAAGGGGGUGAGGUCGAGGACUUUACUGAGGAGGAGUAUGUGACCGGAGACCUGGGCAUGAAGGAAUACGAUUAUUCCUACAAGGACUACAACGAGCCCCUGCCCGAGGGAGAGACCGGGGGCAACAUGGGCCCCGCCCUGUCCGCUGUGACAGACGAGGGAGGCGCCUCAGUGAGCGCCGUAAAAGGCGAGAAGGGAGAGCCUGCUGUCCUUGAGCCUGGUAUGUUGAUUGAGGGACCUCCGGGACCAGAGGGACAGGCAGGUCUCCCGGGACCUAAUGGCCCAUCUGGCCCUCCUGGCUCUGUCGGUGAUCCUGGCGAGAGGGGCCUCCCUGGAAAGGCUGGUAUCGCUGGUGCCGAUGGGGUGCCAGGCCCUCCUGGAACGUCCGUCAUGCUGCCCUUCCGUUUCGGAAGCAGUGGAGGUGACAAGGGUCCCAUGGUCUCAGCGCAGGAAGCCCAGGCUCAGGCCAUUCUGUCUCAGGCCAGGCUGGCUCUGAAGGGACCACCCGGACCAAUGGGCUACACUGGACGCACAGGACCCCUGGGUACCCCUGGAAGUGCUGGGCUGAAGGGUGAAGGUGGGGAUCCUGGACCUCAGGGCCCCAGAGGACCACAGGGUUUGAGCGGACCUCCCGGCAAAUCAGGAAGGAGGGGUCGUGCUGGAGCUGAUGGAGCCAGAGGCAUGCCAGGAGAGGGUGGGCCUAAGGGUGACCGCGGUUUCGAUGGCCUGCCUGGAUUGCCUGGGGACAAAGGACACAGGGGUGAUACCGGAGGAUUGGGACCCCUAGGAGGUCCUGGAGAGGACGGAGAGAGGGGAGACGACGGAGACAUCGGACCCAGAGGACUUCCAGGUGAACCAGGACCUCGUGGUUUGCUCGGUCCUAAAGGUCCGAACGGAAUCUCCGGACCUCCUGGUGUGCGUGGAAACGACGGGCCCCACGGUCCUAAAGGAAACCUGGGUCCCCAAGGAGAGCCAGGCCCCCCAGGGCAGCAGGGUACCUCAGGAACACAGGGAAUGCCAGGACCACAGGGAGCCCAUGGGCCCCCAGGAGAAAAGGGCCCCACAGGAAAACCCGGUCUGCCAGGCAUGUCCGGAGCUGACGGCCCCCCUGGUCACCCAGGAAAGGAGGGACCUGUUGGCACCAAAGGAAACCAGGGCCCCAACGGUCCUCAGGGAACUAUUGGCUAUCCUGGCCCUCGUGGCAUUAAGGGAACUCAAGGUAUCCGUGGACUGAAGGGUCAUAAAGGAGAGAAGGGAGAAGAUGGCUUCCCUGGAAUCAAAGGAGACUUUGGUGUCAAGGGGGAGAGAGGAGAGGGUGGAGUGCCCGGCCCCAGGGGAGAGGACGGUCCUGAGGGGCCAAAGGGCCGCGUUGGCCCCCCUGGCGAGCUUGGACCCAUCGGCCUGGUCGGAGAGAAGGGUAAACUUGGUGUCCCUGGACUUCCUGGCUAUCCUGGAAGACUUGGACCUAAGGGCUCCCUCGGUUUCCCAGGAUUCCCUGGGACCAACGGCGAGAAAGGAACAAGGGGUCUGAUUGGAAAGCUGGGACCCAGAGGACAAAGAGGACCAACGGGCCCCAGAGGUCAGAGAGGACCGAGAGGAUCUACUGGCAAACCAGGAGCCAAAGGUACAUCAGGAAGUGACGGCCCAUCUGGUCCACCAGGAGAGAGGGGACUGCCCGGACCUCAAGGAGCAAACGGUUUCCCGGGGCCAAAGGGACCUCCCGGACCACCAGGGAAGGAUGGACUGCCCGGACACCCUGGACAGAGAGGAGAAGUUGGAUUCCAAGGAAAGACUGGGCCACCCGGGCCUCCAGGUGUUGUUGGACCUCAAGGUCCCUCAGGAGAGACUGGCCCCCUGGGCGAGCGCGGUCACCCCGGGCCUCCAGGACCACCAGGCGAGCAAGGACUCUCCGGACCCUCUGGCAAGGAGGGAACUAAGGGAGACCCUGGUCCCCAAGGCGGCCCCGGCAAAGAUGGACCCCCAGGACUGAGAGGCUUCCCCGGAGAGAGAGGAAUGCCUGGCACCCCGGGAGGCGGCGGACUGAAAGGAAGCGAAGGCCCGGCAGGACCUCCCGGAACAGCUGGAUCCCCAGGCGAGAGAGGGCAGGGAGGCAGUGGAGGCCCCAUCGGACCCCCAGGAAGACCUGGCCCCCAGGGGCCUCCAGGACCAUCAGGAGAGAAGGGCGUGCCCGGGGAGAAAGGUCCGAUCGGCCCGGCUGGUCGUGACGGUGUCCAGGGCCCAGUGGGUCUGCCAGGUGCUGCCGGAUCCAUCGGAGUUCCAGGAGAGGACGGAGACAAGGGUGAGGUUGGAGAGCACGGCCAGAAGGGAGCGAAGGGCGGCAAAGGAGAGCAUGGUCCUCCCGGUCCACCAGGGCCAAUGGGUCCACUCGGUCAGCCCGGCGCUGCUGGAGCUGAUGGAGAACUAGGAGCCAGAGGUCAGCAGGGGCCAUUUGGGGCCAAGGGAGAUGAAGGAUCAAGAGGAUUCCCAGGGGCCCCAGGUCCCAUUGGACUGCAGGGAUUGCCAGGCCCAUCAGGAGAGAAGGGAGAGACGGGAGAUGUCGGACCAAUGGGUCCACCUGGCCCCCCAGGACCCCGUGGCCCUGCUGGUUCAAGCGGCGCUGACGGUCCUCAAGGUCCUCCUGGUGGUGUGGGUAACCCUGGAAACCUGGGAGAUAAGGGAGAGCCUGGCGAAGCCGGACCACCUGGAAUCGGAGGAGAGCCAGGAAAGAAGGGCCCACGUGGAGAACACGGAGACAAGGGAGAGGCGGGACAACCUGGUACUUCUGGCCCUGCUGGUGGAAGAGGAGGCCCUGGAGACGACGGACCCAAGGGAAACCCUGGCCCUGUUGGUUUCCCAGGCGACCCCGGGCCCCCUGGUGAACUCGGCCCCAGAGGUCAGGACGGAGCAAAGGGAGAGAGAGGAGAGGACGGUGAACAAGGACAAGCUGGAUCUCCUGGACCCACUGGUGAGAACGGGCCUCCUGGUGGACCAGGAAAGAGGGGUCUUGCUGGAACUAGAGGACCAGAGGGACGACAGGGAGAGAAGGGAACUAAGGGAGAUCCAGGUGCCAACGGACCUCCAGGAAAGACAGGCCCCGUCGGACCUCAGGGUCAACCAGGAAAACCAGGAACUGAGGGUCUGAGAGGACUCCCUGGAUCAGUGGGCGAGCAGGGUUCUCCGGGCCUUUCCGGCCAGAAAGGACCUCCCGGACCUCUGGGACCGCCAGGUUUGCCAGGACUGCGCGGCGAGGGCGGUGACAAGGGAGAGAAGGGCCACUCGGGUCUGAUUGGUCUGAUUGGGCCCACCGGAGAGCAGGGAGAGAAGGGAGACAGGGGACUGCCAGGGCCACAGGGGGGACACGGAUCCAAGGGAGAGACUGGUGUUUCUGGAGGCACUGGGCCCAUCGGUCCUGGUGGCCCUGCUGGUAUGCCCGGUCCCGAAGGUGUGAAGGGAGCUAAGGGUGCUACAGGAGGAGCUGGUCCCAAGGGAGAGAAGGGUGUCUCAGGACCCCCCGGACCUCCAGGUCCUCCAGGCGAAGUCAUCCAGCCAAUGCCCAUCCAAAUCUCCAAGAAGUCCAAGCGCUCCAUCGACGCCAGCCGGAUGCUGUCUGAGACAGACGCAGAGUCGGCUGCAGCCGACGCCACCGGCACAGAAUUCCUGACAGGCAGUGAGGGUAUGGAGGAGAUCUUCGGCUCACUGAACUCGCUGAGACAGGAGAUUGAGACCAUGCGCUUCCCUCUGGGCACCAAGGACAGCCCCGCACGCACCUGCCAGGACCUCAAACUCAGCCAGCCAGAGCUCAAGGACGGAGAGUACUGGAUCGACCCCAACCAGGGUUGCUCUCGCGACUCUCUCAAGGUGUUCUGCAACUUCACCGCUGGUGGGGAGACGUGUCUGUACCCCAGCAAGAGUGUGGACACGGUAAAGCUCAACUCUUGGACCACGGAGAAACCGGGCUCCUGGUACAGUGAGUUUGCAACUGGCAGCAAGCUUUCGUACGUGGACUCUAAUGGCGAGCCGAUCGGCGUGGUCCAGUUGGGCUUCCUGCGGUUGCUGAGUGUCCAGGCCCGCCAGAAUUUCACCUAUCACUGCCACCGCUCCGUGGCCUGGGCCGACCGCACUGCCAAUAACGGCCACAAGAGGGCGCUGCACUUCCAGGGCGCCAACGAUGAGGACCUCAGCUACGAGACCAGCCCAUACAUCAAGGCCCUGGUCGACGGCUGCUCUUAUCGUAAGGGCUUCGACAGGACAGUAGUGGAGGUGAACACACCCCAGGUGGAGCAGCUUCCUCUGCGGGACCUCAAGAUCACAGACUUUGGGGAGAGCAACCAGAAAUUUGGCUUUGAAGUGGGACCUGUCUGUUUCCUGGGCUAACACACCGUGCAGAGAAAUGAGAAACACAAACACAUAUAGAAUAUACACUUACAAUGAUGCACACACACUCAUGCACUUAUCACAAACAUUGACACAUUUGCAUAGACAUGGCAAUAUACAGUACAUGCCCAGUAAUUUGUACAUUUAUUUCAGGAUAUCAAGCACACACACACACACACACACACACACACACACACACACACACACACACACACACACACACACACACACACACACACACACACACACACACACACACACACACACACACACACACACACACACACACACACACACACACACACACACACACACACACACACACACACACACACACACACACACACACACACACACACACACACACACACACACACACACACACACACACACACACUGUUGUGAAACAGACAUGCACUCACUCAAGUGUAUGCCCAGGGGAAAACAUCUCCCAAAUAGAAAUGGACGUCAAGAGAAAAGUAGAACGCAAACAUUCUCGCGAAGAGGAGACCAAAGAUCGAUUGCAAGAAUGAGAGAUGGCGUUCAGACCGUCAACAGAAUAAAACAGUGUUCUUUUCCAACGAACAGCUGGGUCAAAGACCCGUCUCCUCCUUCCGUACACGCCAGAGCCCCCUGUCGCGUACCCCCCCCCCUCUCACUCCUCUCUCCUUCCCGCUGUCUCUCUACCGAGUUGUCUCAGCCACUCUACCUCUCUGCUUCGCCCUCACCACACACUUGUACCUCUCCUGCAUCCAAGCCCCGCCCCAUUAAGGGGAAACCAACGAAGGAACGGGAGUUCCACGAAGGCCUGACGGUUCAGAGACGACCAGGAAAGUCUACUGUACGUCCAUGUUGUCUUUGCUAAGUGAAUUUUCUCCAUCAUCUCCACCAGUGAAAUUCUAUACCAAACAAACAUCAGUUACACUAAAGCAGGUCAAAUAUAAUGCAGGCGGAUGAGUCAAAACUUUACGGUGCUUUGUGGAGAUGGAGUGGAAGCAGAUCUGUGACAUCUCUAGCUUUACCGCGGCUCUAACCUUAAGGUGUGACUAUGAGCAGCCCUUUACUCAAUACUGUAGUAAUAUAGUCCUAACAGCAACGUACUGUCUCUGAGCUGCAUGGCUGUUUAUUUUGGGGCCAAUAAUGUUGCAUGCAAUGGGACGGAAGGGUGUCUAUGCCUUCUCCAAGGACCAAUGAAUCAAAAGCCAUGAACCUUGUAAAUUGUACUGAACGUGACGUGUGGAACAUUUAUUUGUAAUCAAUGUUACAACUAUCAUAGACAGUCCAGAACUGUAGUUCCUAGACAAGCGAAUGGGCCAGAAUGCCAUCAAACCAGUCUAGUACUUACAGGUCUGGAAUUUCAUUGCUGUUUCAUGUAGAACACAGGGUUACAUUACAGGAUUUGUGACAUUCCGUCUCUUUUCAAGCAGGGAAGGUAUCAGGGUUAAAUAUGUAUAUGAGCUGAAUAGAUGACGACCAAACGUUCUCUCUUACAGCGGUGAAUAAAUGCUUGCUUUCAAAAAAACUGUGGGACGGUGCUAAUUAUACCAAAGCGUUAAUAUAUUCAGCGUGAAUAAUUCAAGUUUGUCUCCAUCACAGCCGCACGAUGUCGUCACCAGUUCUCUUACUGGAAAUGUGCAAUCGAAUCUAUUUGUACAGACAUAGUGAUAUUCUAUUGUAUUUAUUGAAAACAAAACAGGGUGCUUCAAACAACAACAAACCAAAUAUGACAGUCGAAUGUGGUAUUUCAUUUUGUAUUUAUUUCCUGUAGUUCUCACUUGGCGGUCUUAAAACAAUUAAAUACAUAUUAAACUAACACUAAACCGAGUUAUCUGUGCACACCCCCCUUUGGUCUAUGAAUGUCAACAGUUCUGGUGGUGUGUGGGGGGGGGGGGGCAUGUGUCCAUAUCUCAUUGUAACCAUUUAGCAUUCAUCGACUGUACUGUGCUGUUAUGAUUGCUUCUACUGUAAUGAUUAAAUGGUGACUCUCCAUUGCGGUUUGCCACUGCCUGCUUGGCUGAGCUGUGCUGCAGGAGUAUGGCGAGGGCGACAGACACCAGGAUUCUACGGUUGUGAGAAUACAGCGGGCAGGGGACAGCUAGCGGGAGGGAUGGAAGAUUCUAGCAACCACGUGGGCAAAUAUUACAAAGAUUUUGUUUCGAAGUGAUGUAAUGUGGCUAUGGGGUUGUAUAUCAUUAUGGGUAUUUUGGUUUGUGUGUUUUGGUUCGUUUUUCUUUUGACAUUGCAGAGAAGGGGGGGGGGGGGGGGGAAUUGACAAACUAAAACCUGAGGUGAUUCGCGAGAGAAAAUUACAUCGAUUGUUUUUUGUUGUUGUUAAAGACAAACAAAUAUUUCAACAAAAUAUGGUGCUGAAAAGACAAAAAGUAUUAUUUUAUAAUGUAAGUAAUUUUAAAUGUUUUGUUUCUGUAAUAUAUCAUCUUUUUAAAAAUAGCUUCUUGACUCCCUUGUGUUUUUUUCCUCGUUCCUUCGUUUCAUCCUCUCUCAACUGGCUGGUGUUGCAUGUUACCCAGAGCUACACAAGAGCUAGUCACUAUUUUAUUUCUCUCUUCAUUCUGCAUACAGCAGCUCAGACAGCUGAAUAUAACCACAUCAUUCACAAUCUCCAGUGAACUGACCACCAGAAUCAGUCAGAUCCCAACCUUAUUUCCACUAUAUCACCUCACCAGCCCCCCCCCCCC